GUUGUGCAGUUGAGGAAAUCUUUUGAGCCCGUUAUCCAGCCCUCGCCAAUGUCACGAUUUCCCAUUAGAAAACACUAUCUCACAUCGACUUGUUCACAACCCUCAAGAAUCUUUCGCCGCACAUUCUUCACAAACGUCAAAAUGUCUUCGGAUUCCGGCCACAUCAACUUCCCUGGCAAGACCUCCGCCACCCCAGGCGAAGAAUUCGAGGUCCGCCAAACCUCAACCACCGAAGAUUACCAUCCCAACCCGUCCAAGUCAAUCCCGCUUACACCCGCGCGUCAGCGACUGAUCGACGAUAUCAUCGCGCUAUACUCGAUGGAGCCCACGGUUGAGCGCGUGAAGCGAUACACCGCUGACUGCGUGUACGAUGACCAGUUCGUCUACGCCAACGAUCGGUACAAGAUGGCCGGGCAGUGGUUCGCCUUACCCAAGCUCUUCAAUGCGAGCAUCAAUGAGGGUUAUGAGAUUGUCAAGAACGACCGCGAUCUGAUCCAAUUCAGAAACGAGCAGAGCUGGACUUUCAAGCUCAUUCCAAAGACUGCGACUAUCAAUGCGCUCGUCAGUCUUAGCUUGGACCCUGGCACCGUCGAUAGUGAUUUCAUCCAGGUCAAGUACCACAAGGACCAGGCCAAUGACAAGGACUACAGUCACGAGGGCGUUGGGUUUUCGUUCAAGAAGUGGCAGGCGGACAACGUUAUCAAGGUUAUGGAUAGUAAAGAGGUCGAAGCUUUCGCUGCGGAUAAGGAUGCCAGCAAGAACAAGGUGAAGAAGUAUGGCACUGGCAAGACCGAAGGGGAUGCACCUAUUAAAGAUCUCUGAGGUAUUGGUCAUGAGAGACUUAUGUGGACACGGGCUGGUCUCGCUCACUGGUUUGAAAAGUCGGUCAAAUAGAAUAGCUCCUUCGUCGCAUGAGUUCCGUAAUGACCAUGGGCGAAAAAACGAACUUUACAGAAGAUCUCUGGGUGCGUCGCGAUGAAAGAGUUGGAACGUGCCUUUCGGCGUUGCUUCACUAGAUAAAGUAUUUCUUCUGCCUCGUCAACCUUUCAAUGUUAUCACACAGCGUCAGAUAAAUACUCUUCGAGUCAAUGUCAACACAUUCGGGUGCGUUUUAUCAACGAUAUGAACUGAAUCCACAUAAAUCUGGAAAUGAGUUGCAUUCCCAGUGCUGCCUAC